GGAAAAGAGAAAGAAGAGAUCCAAGUGGAACAAAGAAGAAGUUGAACUUCUCCUGAGCUUGUGGACGGAAAAAUUGCCACAGUUACGAGGUGUUAAACGAAAUUCACAUGUCUAUAAAGACAUGUCUAUGGAAAUGGCCACCAAAGGUUUUAUAUAUUCCGCGAAUGAAAUUCGUGUGAAAAUACACAAUUUAACAAAUAAAUACAGAGAUGAGAAGAGCAUUCUCGGCAGCUAUAAAAGUUUCAAUUUAGAAACAUUGGUAGAAGAGAGCACAGUUUACGAAGUUGUGGAGUGUGCGCUCUCCCCAAAUAACUCUUCUAUAGAUUCGCAAGAAGAAUUUCCGACUUCAGUCGAGGAACCUACUUCGAAUACCAAAAUACAGGCUGAAAUUGAAGCAAUUAAGGAGGAUGGCAGGGAGGCCAUACAAAUUGAAAGAGAGAGAAAUUCCAUCCUGGAAAAAUUUCUGGAAGUUUUUAAACAACGCAUAUAACUUCGUAGCUGCGUCAUUUUUUUUUCUUUCUAGUCCAGGAGAAGUUCAACAUCUUUCUGUUUAAUGUAAUGUUUUAAAUGCUUAAUUGUUCUGCUAAUGUAUUAUUUAGUUUGUGAAUUGAAUUACUUUUGUUUUGUUAAUGCUAAUUUGUUAAUUAACUUUUUGUCUUUUGUUUCGUUAUAGUGUAUCAAUAUGUGAUAUAAAAAUGAACUGAUUGAAUAUGUAAUAUUGAAUAAUAUAUUUAAUAUUGAAUAUGAACUGAAAAUAAAUACAACUUACGUAGAAAUAGAGCUAUUGAUUUUCUGAUGUUCUCAGCAUUAGGGUCGUCGGUUCCAGAAAUGAAUAAUGGAUCUGGUUGCUCUCGUGGACGAGCGAUUUCGAAAUUAUUUUGCACUUCCAACCAUUUCGUGUUUAUGUUGUCAUUCAUUUCAUUUACAAAAUUGUGCAAGACGCAAGAACAUUUUAUUAUUGAUAUUGCGUUUUUAAUAUCGUUGUCAA